GAACCAACGGUGGAGAAGCCCUACAUUGAAGGACUUCUCGACCCCUGCACGAACAGCAAAAUCGCUUCAAACAUCCCGGCGGAGAAGCUGUAUGACAAGAAUGAUAACGGACUGAAACUCUCCAACAGCUGGACAGGCUAUUACGUGAUCCUAAAUCCAGAGUACAAAGCACAGGUCCAAUGGCGAUUCGUGAACAGGGCGAUCGACGAGGUGGAGAACGACCGCGUGCCAGCCGUCCUGCUCAUAUGCAGGAACUCCACGGACACCGCGUACUUCCAGCGCCUGACGCCCUACCCGCGCGUCCUGCUGCGGCGCCACACAUCGCAGUGCAAGGACUACGACAAGUCCCCCAUCGGCUUUGGCAUCGUCGUCUUCUGCGUCGCCAAGGGCGACUGCCUGGAUUUGUACGACAGGUUCGUGCGCUUCUUCGGGCCUUGGGGGGAGCCCAACAUCGUCAUCGACGCAG